AUGACCACAGACCCCCCCCUCACCACCUAUGGCGUCGUCGGCGUAGGCCUUAUGGGCAUCGAGCAUCUGCGCAACCUCUUCAACCUCCCCGCCGUCUCCAUCGUCUGCAUCGCCGACAACCACCCCGGGUCCCUUCAAUCCUGUCUCUCCAUCAUCGCCGCCGAAAGUCCCGCCACCGCAGAACACCUUUCCGUCUUCGACUCCGCCGCCGACCUCUUCGCUGCCAAUCUCUGUGACAUAGCCAUAAUCGCCACCCCUAACCACACGCAUCACUCCGUCCUCAUGCAUGCCUACGAACAAGCCAACUCUGCCAUGCACAUCCUCGUCGAGAAGCCUUUGUGCACCACAAUCCCGCACUGCCGAGAAGUCAUUCUAGCCGCUGGCAAGCGCCAGGGCAUCACUUUUGUAGGCCUCGAAUAUUCGUACAUGCCCCCCGUCCGCAACUGGAACCGCUUUUCCGCCAACUCGGGCGGCACCUUUGUGGAGAAGUGCUGCCACUUUUUCGACCUCUUCAAUCGCAUCAUGCGGCCACAUACACCCCUCGCAGUCAUGGCGUCCGGUGGACAGGAUGUGAACCAUCUCGACGAGGUCUACGAUGGCGUGAAGUCGGACAUACUUGACAAUGGAUACGUCAUCAUCGAGUACUCUGGCGGCCGAAGAGCCUGUCUGGAUUUAUGCAUGUUUGCCGAAGCAAGCCGCUCGCAAGAGGAGGUCGCCAUCACUGGGGAUAAGGGCAAGCUUGAAGCGUUUCUACCUCAGCUCGAGGUACGUACCGGGAUUAGGGGAAAGCAUGCAUGCGGCGAUGUGGAGUUUGAGACGGUGGAUGAUGAGCGCAUCAAGUACCGGGGGCAUCAUCAUGGGAGUUCAUAUUUGGAGCACAUUGAUAUUCUCAAGGCUGUGAGGGGAGUCAAGACGGGGGAGUGCGUCGAUGUGCCGACAUCGGGGUUACAUCAUGGGCUUUUGUCUGUGGCUAUUGGCGUGGCAGCGCAGUUGUCUAUUCAGGAGAGGAGGUUUGUAAAGUUAGAGGAGGUGCUUUCCGCUGAGGAACUCGCAAGAUCUGUGUGA